AUGGGAUUGCCAGUACUCAUGAGUUCAUCGCUGCCGACCUGCACAUCAUCCGCUGCUUUCAACGUGCCAGUCGCUACCGAGGAUGCGGAAGUCACUCAUAACUACGAGAUGAAUUGUCAUGCCCACAUCGCCUCACCGGGUGACUACCUACAAUCGUCUUUCAGCAACCCGGCGAAUGUCUGCUAUGCCUCCAAAUCCACCACUUCCAAUCCGUACAUGCAAUACCAGAUGGCGGCUGGAGCCCAUCUGGCAUACUUCAGU